AUGGCGCCACUUAGAAAUCGGAAGCGAGGUUUGGGUUUGGCUGACACGGAGAAUGGUGACCCGGCGGAGGAAUCGAAAGGGAUUGAAAGGAAAGCGAAGGAUUUAGGUGAAAACGAUGAGAAAGAGGGAGAGAAAGAUGUGAUAAUCAAGAAAGGGAAGGCAAUUAGAGGGAGAAAUAAUGAAGAGGAGAAUGGAGGUGGUAAUUCACCAAAGAGGAGACGGAGGAAUGUUAAGAUAAAGGUGGACUGUGCUGUGUUUGAUGAAUUAUUGGAUGAAGAGGUCAAACCUGAUCGGAAGAGUGGAAAGAAGAGCGUUGCUGCCCAGAGUGAUGAAAGUGAUGAUAAGGGAGAUGGAAAGAAAGAGAAAGGUAGUAGUAGAAGAGGGGGAAAUGAGGAGAGGGAUAAGGGGAAUGAUGAGGGAGAAGGAAAAGGAGAAGGGGAAUCUUUGAAAAUGCUCAGGAAUCGGAAGCUCUUGGUGCAAGAUAUUGGAAGGCAAAAGCAUACUAAACAACACUAUACUGAGGAGGUGUGUUUAAUGUGUCAUCAAUGUCAGAGGAAUGACAAUGGGCGUGUUGUCCGGUGCCUGAAAUGCAAAACCAAGCGUUAUUGCAUCCCUUGCUUAACCAAAUGGUAUCCUAAGAUGGCUGAGGAUGAUAUUGCUGAUGCUUGUCCGGUUUGUCUUGGGAAUUGCAACUGUAAGUCUUGUUUGCGUUUAGAUGCACCCAUAAAAGGCUUUAAGAAUCUAAACUUGAAAGUAAGCACAAAAGAAGAACUGUGGUAUGCGAAGUAUUUGUUGCGUGCUCUUGUUCCAUUUUUGAAACAGUUGGAUGAAGAACAGAUGUUAGAGAGAAAGAUUGAGGCUAGGGUAAGAGAUCUGUCGGUGGCAGAGUUAGAGAUAGGAAAUGCUGAAUGCCCAGCAGAUGAGCGUAUGUUUUGUGAUCAUUGUAGAACUUCUAUUUUUGAUUAUCACAGGAGUUGUUCAAAGUGCUCAAUUGAUCUCUGUCUUGUCUGCUGCCGGGAGAUUCGAGCGGGAAACUUGCAGGGUGGUGGGGCAGAUGUGGUUAUGGAGUUCGUUAACAGAGGAUCUGACUAUUUGCAUGGUGGAAAGGGGAAAACUGAAGCAUCACCUACAGAGUUACCUCAAAAGACUGGCUUCGAGGAUGGUACGAGCUCGAAGUCUGAGUGGAAAGCAGAUGAAGAUGGAAGCAUUCUCUGUGCUUCUUGUUGUGGCACUCUAGAACUAAAAUGUUUGUUCCCAACCGCAGGAGAUGCUGGCUCUCUUUCAGUUUCAGAACUGGUAAAGAAAGUCGAAGAUGCUGGCAAAAAUUAUAAAAUUGACUACACUAUUGCUUCUGUUGAAAGAUGUGCCUGCUUUAAUUCCACUGGUGAUGUCAACAUCGGCAAUGAUAAGUUAUUAAAAGCUGCAUUCCGAGAAGAUUCUGAUGACAAUUAUCUAUUCUAUCCAGAAGCCAAAGAUAUCAAAGAGGAUGAUUUGAAGCAUUUCCAGCUCCAUUGGAUGAGAGCUGAGCCUGUGAUUGUUAGCAAUGUGCUUGAAACUGCAUCCGGGUUAAGCUGGGAGCCAAUGGUCAUGUGGCGUGCCUUCCGCCAGGUCAAAAAUGAAAAGCAUGCCACAUUUUUGAAUGUAAAAGCUAUUGACUGUUUGGAUUGGUGUGAGGUGGAUAUUAAUGUCCACCAAUUCUUUAAGGGAUACACACAUGGUAGGUUUGAUAAAAAAAUGUGGCCUCAGAUACUGAAGCUGAAAGAUUGGCCCCCAUCUAAUGCAUUUGGUGAAAGUUUGCCACGACAUGAUGCUGAGUUUACCUGCUGUUUGCCCUUUAAGGAGUAUACACAUCCUCUCAGUGGACCUCUGAACCUUGCUGUCAGAUUGCCUGAGGGCUCGUUGAAACCGGAUAUGGGGCCAAAGACGUAUAUUGCUUAUGGAUUUUGUGAAGAGCUUGGGCGUGGAGAUUCUGUAACCAAGCUUCAUUGUGACAUGUCUGAUGCAGUGAAUGUUUUAACACAUACUGCUGAAGUGACCUAUUCAGCCGAACAACUUGCUGAUAUACAAAAGUUGAAACAGAAGCACAUACAACAAGACCAAAGGGAACUUUUUAGAAGUCAAGACAUGGUUGAAGGUGGCAAUGACAAUCAUGGUAAAUGUAGUAAAGAGGCAGAAGUUGUUAAUGGCAAGAUCACAGAGAGUGGGCCAUCAUUGAAUUGCGGAAAUGAGUCCAAAGAGCAAACUGCUUUAGAUGAAGGUGCUGUUUGGGACAUUUUCCGGAGAGAAGAUGUUCCUAAGUUGCAAGCAUAUCUUUACAAGCACUUCAAGGAAUUUAGGCACACCCAUUGUUGCCCAUUACAGAAUGUUGUCCACCCCAUACACGACCAGACCUUUUAUCUGACUCUAGAGCACAAGAGGAAGCUAAAAGAAGAAUAUGGAAUUGAACCAUGGACAUUUGUCCAGAAACUUGGGGAUGCUGUCUUCAUUCCUGCAGGCUGUCCCCAUCAAGUGAGGAACUUGAAAUCAUGCAUUAAGGUAGCUUUGGACUUUGUAUCACCUGAAAAUAUUGGCGAAUGCAUACGUUUGACAGAGGAAUUCCGUCUGCUUCCCCCUAAUCAUCGGGCUAAGGAGGACAAGUUGGAGGUAAAGAAAAUGUGUCUUCAUGCUAUGAGAUGGGCUGUAGAAAUUUUGACUGGAAAAUGA